UAUAGCGGGGCUGUGGUGCCGCUUUGUGAGACCACCAUUUUUCUGUAGGUGACUGGCUCCAGCACACUGCAGGAUGAGUAGUAAGAUCAUAUUCUAUGAGGACAGAAACUUCCAGGGUCGCUCGUAUGAGUGCGACACCGACUGCCCUGACAUGCACCCCCACUUCAGCCGCUGCAACUCUAUCAAGGUGGAAAGUGGUUGCUGGGUGCUGUAUGAGAAACCCAACUACACUGGCUACCAGUAUGUUCUGACCAGAGGCGAGUACCCAGACUACCAGCGCUGGAUGGGCUACAACGACACCAUCCGCUCCUGCCGUACCUACUCCUAUACCAGCGAGGGGCCCUACCGCAUGCGCAUCUACGAGCGGCCCAACUUCCAGGGUCAGAUGAUGGAGUUCAGUGAGGACUGCGAGUCGGUGCAGGAUCAUUUUCGGAGCCGUGACAUCUAUUCCUGCAAUGUCAUGGAUGGCUACUGGACCCUCUACGAGCACCCAAACUACCGUGGCAGGCAGUACUUCAUGAAGCCUGGGGAGUACCGCAAGUUCAGUGACUGGGGGGCCACCUGCGCCACCACUGGCUCCUUCCGCAGAAUCACAGAGUUCUAAUCUGGAUUGAAUCACUAUAGAAAAACAAAACAAAAUAAAAAUGGUAACGUGUCUCAGCGAUUGACUUGGCAUUAGUAAGAUAUAACUUCAUAAAUAAAUGGAGCUGUUGUUAAACUA